AUGUUGCCUUCCAUUCACUUGUUAUCCACUGCUCUUUUCGCAGCCACCUCUCUUGCAGUGGCUGCUCCAAACCCAGCUGCCAUCGCUGAAGCUCUGCCAUGGGCUAAUGCUAACCCAUACGCCAGUGCUGCUGCUGAAGCGUAUGCUGAGGCAUACGCUGAAGCUGUUGCUAUUGCUCAUCCUGAUCCUGAAGCCUACGCUUUGGCUGCAUCCGCAGACGACUGUGCCACUAUCGCCUGUCAUGCUUCUUGUGGUUUGAUGAUUAUGGGUGGUUCUGAGUGUACACUCAACACCACUAACUCGUACGCUGGUCCAUACAACACUACUUGUCUCUGUAGUAGUGACUCUUCUUUGAACCAAUACUAUGCCUCUUGUAUGAACUGUGGUUGGACUCUGUGGAAGUACUACGGUCCUUAUGUCAGUGAGGCAUUGGCUGCCUGUAAGACUCUAUCAACUGAGCCAACAGGUACAUUGAGAUGUUCGACGACUUUGACUGAUGAGUACACUGUUGACACGGGUAUUAAUGCCUGUGAUUACACCGGUGGAUGCACAACAACCUCGUCAACAACUGAAGUUCCAACGACUACUGCUGAGACGACUACUGCUGAGCCAACAACAGAGGAAACAACAGAGGAAACUACUGAAACAACUGCUGCUGAGCCAACCACUGAGGAAACCACCGCUGAGCCAACCACUGAGGAAACCACCGCUGAGCCAACUACUGAAGAAACUACUGAGCCAACUACUGAGCCAACUACUGAGCCAACUACUGAGCCAACUACUGAGCCAACUACUGAGCCAACUACUGAGCCAACUACUGAGGAAACCACUGAGGAAACUGCUGAGCCAACCACUGAGGAAACAACGGAAGAGCCAGCAUCAUCUGAGCCAACAGAGUCGUCCGCUUCAUCAGAGGACUCUGAGAUCAUCCCAUCCUCAGAUGUUGCUCCAGAGCCAACUUUCACCGGUGAUCUCAUCUCUGGUGUUCCAGAAUGGACCAUUACCAUACCAGGAACCCUUGGUCCUUGGACCUCUGUUGACUUGGCUGUGUCCAACAACGGUUCUAUUGGCGAGUUUGAAUACUCUGAUGCAAAUGCUUCCGUCAACGGUGAGGAAGUUGAAGGUCUUGAAAUCAACAUCAGCGCAGAAUCCAUCACCAUUGGUAUUAGUUCUGAGAUCGACGAAUCUGAUGUACUAACCAUCACAUUCGCUGCUCGUAUCAUUUCAGGUGGCUCGUGGACCUCCAACGCUUUGUUGUCUAUCACCACCCCUGAUGAUAAGAGAUUUGCUAAGAGAGCUGUUCAAACUUGGGAAUUGUCUUCUACAAUCACCGCUGAUGAGGAUACCAGCUCCAGCUCUGAUGAGGAUAUCAGUUCCAGCUCUGAAGAGGUCAUCACGUCCUCCUCAGGUUUCGUCAACAUCACUUCAACAACCACUGAGUCUAUUGAUUCCACCACAGUUAUCACCGUCACCUCAUGUAGUGACGAUGUCUGCUCCACUACAGACGUCACUACUGGUGUCACUGUUGUUACUGAAACCAUUUCUGGCGUCGUGACCUCCUACACCACCUACUGUCCUAUCUCCACUGUUACUGAGGAAAGUAUCAGUACCACCGUCAUCACCAUCACCUCCUGUGAAGAGGACAAGUGCACUGAGAUUCCAAAGACCACCGGUGUCACCACUGUGACCACCACUGGAGCUGAAGGUGACGUUACCACCUACACCACUUACUGUCCAACCGAGACCGGUGCUACGAAGGAAGGUGAGGAAACUGGUGCUACAAAGGAAGCUGAACAGACCUCCACUGAGACAGCUCAUGUCACUUCAACUGUCACCAAACAAUCCGAGGCUUCCACUGAAGCUGGUGUCUCUUCAACUGAUGUUGCUGUCAGCACCUUUGAAGGCGCAGCUACAAAGAUUGUCGGUUCCACUCUUGUUGGUUUGGUCUUCGGAAUGCUCUUCAUCUAA